AUGACCAUGCUCAACAUCAAUAAACUCAGUCUCUAUGUCCUACUGCUGUCCGUUUCCUUCGCACAGAUCUUAGCGGUCAAUGCUGCAGAGAACGACCUGGUUUCUGACGAUUUGGAUAAUUCUAAUUGUGAACUGAGCGUCGAAUUCGAUGUCAGCAGAUGCAAGGAGAAGGUUGAUAUUUCGCACUUACGCCUCAAGGGCAAUUGGGUUAAUAUAUCUGCAUAUGUCCGAAUCAGAAACAACGACAACACGAAAAGUAAACGCGAUAUUAAGUUGACAUUCAAGACCGUCUGCUUUAAGUCCUAG